GCUCCGGUAAUUAAAAACUCCGCAUUACAAGGAAAACGGUGUGCAGGGAAAUGUAAUCAAGUCUGGAGGGGCUUAACCAUCUGGUAAAGGUUAGGACCGGCACGGCGGGGGACGUGGCCGGGGGAUUUGGCAGCCGCCGCGAUCCGGGCUCCUCUUAAUCUACCGCGGGGACGAGCACAGCAUCUGUGGGGUAAUACCGGUGCCCCGGGCAGCGAUCGGUCUCUCUCGAGCUCCCACCGCCGUUAGCGGGAUCUCCUCGGAGCUGGUCUCCUCCCCAGGUGUGUCCGGCUCCGGUAAACAGGUUCUGCUGUGGCACCGGCACCCGGAUUGCAGCCCCUCGCCGGGGCCAGCGGGGAAAGGGUUAAGUGGCCGCUGGUGGCCGCGGCUCGGCCCCCCAGCUCCGGGGCAGGGCCCUCCCCUGCCGCCCCCGGGAGCCUGAAACUCUUCGGAAGUGUAAGGGGCGAGCGAAGACGAGGCGGCGGCGCGGGUGCGACUCCGCGUCCCCGGGAGCCAUGGGGGCCGGGGUAGGCUCCGGGCGGGGGCAGCUCUUCCUCCGCUCCCUCCUCUUCCUCCUGCUGGCCGGGUCCCCGGCGGGCGGGCAGCUGCGCUACGCCGUGCCCGAGGAGCUGGAGCACGGAGCCUUCGUGGCCAACCUGGGCGAGGACCUGGGGCUGGACGUGUCCACCCUGUCAGCGCGGCGGUUCCGCAUCGUGUCACGGGCCGGGGCCAGGCAGCACCUGGAGGUGAACCUGGAGAACGGGAUCCUCUUCGUGAACGAGCGGAUUGACCGGGAGGAGGUGUGCGAGGCCGGGGGGACCUGCCUGCUCCACCUACAGCUCCUCGUCGAAAGCCCGCUGGAGCUCUACCGCGUCGAGGUGGAGGUGCUGGACAUCAACGACCACGCGCCCACCUUCCCCUGGCAAGAGUACGUGCUGGAGGUGGCCGAGUCCGCCGUGCUCGGUGCCCGCUUCCCGCUGGAGAGCGCCCAGGAUCCCGACGUGGGCACCAACUCCGUGCACACCUACCGCCUCAGCCCCAACGGCUUCUUCUCCCUCGAGGUGCAGACGCGCAGUGACGCCAGCAAGUUUGCGGAGCUGGUGCUGGAGCGCGCCCUGGACCGGGAGCAGCAGCGCCUGCACCGGGUGCUGCUCACGGCUCUCGACGGCGGCGUCCCCGAGCGCUCGGGCACCGCGCACAUCCUCGUCACCGUGCUGGACGCCAACGACAACGUGCCUGCCUUCGACCAGCCCUCAUACGGCGUGAGCCUUCCUGAGGAUGCCCCCACCGGCACACUGGUCAUCCAGCUCAACGCCACGGACCUGGACGAGGGCCCCAACGGGGAGAUCGAGUACUCCUUCAGUGGGCACGCGCCGCCACGCGUGCGGGAGCUCUUCCACAUAGAGCCCCGCAGCGGGCAGGUGCUGCUGAAGGGCCGCCUGGACUAUGAGCGGGCCAGUCUCCACGAGCUCUACGUGCAAGCCAAGGACCGUGGACCCUCAGCCGUGGCCGUUCACUGCCGAGUGCUCGUGCACCUCCUUGACGUCAAUGACAACGCGCCAGAGGUGACCCUCACCUCUGUGUCCACACCCGUGCUGGAGGAUGCCCCCCCAGGCACCGUCAUCGCUGUCAUCAGCGUUCUGGACCGGGAUUCUGGGGACAACGGGCGCGUGAGCUGUGAGGUUGGCCCCAACGUACCCUUCGAGCUCCGCUCCUCCUUCCGCAACUACUACACUCUGGUCACCACGCAGGCGCUGGACCGGGAGGUUGUGCCCGAGUACAACGUGAGCAUCACGGCGCGGGACAUGGGCUCGCCCGCCCUGCUGACCCGCAGCACCCUCACCGUCCCAGUGUCCGACGUGAACGACAACGCCCCACGCUUCCUCCAGCCCUCCUACAGCGUCUACGUGAUGGAGAACAACGCGCCGGGUGCCUCCAUCUGCUCCGUCAGCGCACUGGACCCUGACUGCCAACAGAACGCCUACCUGUCCUACUCCAUUGCCGAUGGGCACAUCCAUGGCAUGCCUGUGGGCACCUACGUGUCUAUCAACUCGGACAGCGGGCACAUGUAUGCCCUGCGGUCCUUGGACUAUGAGCAGAUCCGUAGCUUCCAGAUCCAGGUGCAAGCACAGGAUGCGGGUUUCCCCCCACUGAGCGCCAACGUCACCGUCCACAUCUUUGUGCUGGAUCAGAACGACAAUGCUCCGGUCAUCGUUUCCCCCCUGCCACACAACGGCUCCGUGGCCACUGAGCUGGUGCCGCGAUCAGCCAGGCCUGGCUACCUGGUGGGCACAGUGUCGGCGGUGGAUGCGGAUGCGGGGCUGAACUCUCGCCUCUCCUACCAGCUCCUCCAGGCCACUGACUUCACCCUCUUCAGCGUGGCACCAGACACGGGCGAGCUGCGCACCCUCCGCUCCUUCCUGGAGCAGGACUCAACCCGGCAGCGGCUGGUGGUGCAGGUGCGGGACGGUGGGCAGCCAGCCCUCUCUGCCACCGUGUCCCUCCUGCUUUCUGUGGUGGAGACCAUGCCUCAGACUCUCUCCGACUUCAGCGAGUUCAGUCUCCCCCCAGAGGUCUCCUCAUCCUCCCCACUCACCCUCUACCUCCUUGUCUCCCUGGGCUCCAUCUCCUUCACCUUCCUCCUCGCCAUCCUCAUCCUCACAGCCAUUCGCUGCCGCGGAGAGCGGCGUUCCCGCCAAGGUGACAGCUGCUCCCCGCCCCGCUGCCACUGCUGCCCUGGGUCCAGACCCUCCUCUGAUGGCCUGAAGACUUCCAACCUGACGGCACAGCCCCCCGCAGGGACCGCGGCUGCCACCUGCCUUGACGUGCCUGCAGGCGGCCCCCCGGGCUACUGCUACAAGGUCUGCCUUGGUCCCGAGUCUGCUCAGAGCGACUUCAUGUUCCUCAAACCCUGCAGCCCCCCACGGAACAACGAGAAGGAUCCUGGGAAGCGGUCCCGGCCAGACCAGCAUCUCCAGGUCUCCAAGGAGGUCAAGCAGCCCAACACAGACUGGCUGCCUCCAAGCACUCAGCGACCUACCCUGAAAAGCUCCCAGAGCCUGGAAGACGUGGGGGAAAUCCGCAGAGCCCUCCAGAAGGAGCACGAGAGGCUGUGCACACUGGUGACUCCUGUCUCUGAGUUUCAGAAGGCUUCUGCAGGCCCCAACAGCAUCUGGACCCCCCAGUACAACCCCUUGUACCCAGGGCACAUCCCAGCCCUGGAUUAUCAGCACAACGUCUACAUCCCCGGCACUCCCACUCUGCUUUCCAGCAAGGAUGGGCCCCUCUUCCCAGGCAGGGAGAACAAGAACAGCUUCUCCACCUUUGGCAAGAGGAAGAAGAUGACGACUUACUGUGACAUGCAUGACAGUGUGGUUAUCAACAAUGACCUGAAAUAGCCUGGAUGGCUCUA